ACGAAAAAGGCCAACACGGGUGUAAUUGAAGUGACCCUUGUAUCGGGUCUAUAUAAACCAGAAAACAGCCAACUCGUUUGACACAUGUGAAGGAAACUCAACUAUCCAAAGAUGAAAUUGUCCCUGAUGUUCAUAGUGGGCUGCAUUACUGCAUCUCUCUCGUACGGACAGCCUCCAUUUCAAUGGCAGCAGAUGCGUCCGGCAUCCAGAAAUCGCCAAUUUAUGACGCUGAUCGAUUUUCGGAACAGCGAUGCUGAUAAUGUUAUUGCCGAUAACGACCACUGGGACAGCGCGGAUGAGCCUUUAUGGCGUCAAGAGGAUGAUGGCGUUCCGCAUUUGCGUCAGUAUCACCACAACGAGAAUGUCAAUCAAUUUUAUUACCCAAUGUCACCGUCAUUUCUUCCGACGCCUGUUAGAGAUCACGGACGAAUCAGCUCACGCCAGAAAACUCGUCCCUUCAUUCGUCCAUCAACUCCAUCAGACAGCACCGACAUGAUGGCUAAUAAUGCUCGUUUUUUCGCAUCGUUUCCUAACUUGUUCUUCCCGUCAAUGUUCUACUCUUAUUUGAGCAGUAUUAGCACGUCUGCCUAUUCAACGUCCACUUCGUAUUUGAUUUUGAAUUCCACUUUGACGACGACGUUGAUUACUUCGUGCAUUCCAAUCUCAUCGUUCAGCGCUGCCACAUUGGCCAAUGUGGCCUGUCGUAGGAAAAGACACCUGAUGGACGAAGCUGUUGUGGCAGGUGAUGAUGAAUUGGGCGUCUUACAAGGCCCUAAUUAUCUAUCGAAUGAAGAGGAACAAUGGAUGGAUUCAUCACUGGUCAACAGUUUAGGAAGAACAGUGGACCCGGAGAUUCUGUCAUCGAAGGAGACGGAAGUAACCGAACCUGAAAUGCUGCAGGCAGUGGAAGAUGUUUCGAAUAUGUUAAGCAAAGAAAAGGAAGCAUUGAAAAAUAGCCUAAUUGCAAAACUUGAGGAUGUUGCAGAUGAAAGUGAAAGGGCCAGAUUAGAGCCAUUCAAACCAAACAAACAGAAAACAGAAGACCUUAACAGUUUAUUGAACACCUUAAAAGUAGAUGGAAAGAAGCCUAAAAACAAAUCUCCAGCACCCAAGUUAGCUCCAGUAAAAAUUGAAGAUAUAUAUAGUGCCCAACCAAGUGGGAUAUUUAGUAAAGCGCAUUUCAUAGAAGAAUCUUCUGCCGUUUCCGGGUUGGCGACUUGGGAUAUGCUAUAUGAGAAAGAACUUGAACUUGCUGUAACUCAUCCGCCUGCCAAUGGUUUCCAGCAAAUGAUCCAAUGGACCAAGCAAGGAAAAGUGUGGCAGUUCCCUAUUGAUAACGAGCAAGGUUUGGAUGAAGAAGCUCAAGUCGGAUUCCACGAGCAUGUAUUUUUGGAACCCCAUUUGAAGCCUUGGUGUCCAAGGCGAGGACCAGUGCGCCAUUUUAUGGAACUUGUCGUCGUUGGUUUGAGUAAAAACCCUUACUUAACUGUGGAACAGAAAAAGGAACACAUAAACUGGUUCCGAGACUUUUUCGAAGCCAAACGCAGCAUCCUUAUCGAUACUGGAGCAAUCCCUGAUAUAACGACGAAGUCCUCUCCUUCUUUAUCAACCUAAGAGGAUGUGGUUUCUUGGAAUAUAUAGUCAACGUUUGUGUUACUUAAA